UCCAAGAUCCCUUGCAGACAAGUGUAUCCAAACCGACCUUACCUGUGAAGAUAUCGACUGCAUGGAAGCAGCCAAAGCUAAACUGGAAAAUAAACCAGAACUGAAGAGAGAAAUGUUUAUAGACGACGUCCUAAAAAGCAACAAGUCCGUGUGUUUCUACACUGGAUUGCCCUCCUAUGCCUGUCUUAUGAUGUUGUUUCCCUUUCUGAAACCAUUUGCAAAUGCAAUGAAAUAUUGGGACAACAAGAAAAAGGGACAGAGGGAAACGUAUCAGGAAGAUGAACAUGUUAACAAGCCGGGACCAAAGAGGCAGAUGCCAUUAUUUUCUGAAUUUUUAAUGGUUCUUAUAAGACUCAGGCUUGGACUGUUACAGAGUCACCUGGCAGACAUUUUUGCAAUUUCACAAAGUUCAGUUUCCAAGAUUUUUACAACUUGGAUUAAUCUUUUGUAUCAUGUAUUUAAGGAAGUUCUUAUAAUAUGGCCUGCAAAGGUUCAAAUUCAAAAGCACAUGCCUAAGAGCUUUAGUAGGUAUCCUCGGACCCGUGUAAUUAUUGACUGUACAGAGUUUUUUAUAGAGAAGUCCACUCAACCUUCAGCUCAGAAAAUUACUUGGAGUGAUUACAAGUCACAUAACACUUUCAAACUCUUGGUUGGUAUUUCACCCACUGGAGCCUUCACAUUUGUCUCUAAACUUUGGUCUGGUGGGGUCUCUGACCGAAAUAUAACUCAGAAAUCUGGACUGAUAGACAAGCUGGAACCUCUAGAUGAUGUGAUGGCUGAUAGAGGAUUCAAUAUUAGAGAUAUGGUCACAAAGAAAAAGGCCACAUUAAACAUUCCCCCCUUUGCAAAGGGGAAGUCCCUUUCAACAAAGGCAUGUACAAAAACCAGGAGAAUAGCUGCAGUUCGCAUACAUGUGGAAAGAGCAAUCCAGCGGCUCAAGUGUUUCCGAAUUUUACGUGGUGUGAUACCUAUCACCCUUGCUGCAGUUGCUGAUCAGACUGUGUUUGUAUGUGCAGCACUGUGUAACUUAAUGAAGCCUCUUGUUUCAAAGUAAAUGUCUAAAUAAUUUUCUUAUGUCUGUAUAAAUCAUAUGAUUUUUGA